CUCUUUAGUGAAGUAUUCGAAACAUACAACAAGAGCUUUGCAGUCUCAGCAUCACUUCAGUACAUCACAAUGGCUUCCCUUUCUUCCCGCGCGUGUGCCAUCGGCCGCACCUUCACCCGGAACUACUCAGCAACUGUGAACACUAUCGAAGCACCGUUUGCAAAGCCCUCAUUCCAGCCUAGAAAGCUACAGGGAGGUGCCGCAGCCGAGUCUGUACGCCUGUCGUCACGCCUGGGUCGCACAGGUGUAACAUACAGACGAUACGAUCGCAAGCGCUUGGAAUCAGUCCUCCCUAACUAUGAGGUGUACACAGAGAAGGGUAUCCAAGAUCCACGUCUACCUAUUCCUUGAAGAUGAAUAUGCUGUAUAAUUCGUAAAGCACUUGUCUGGUAUCCUGCGUCGUGCGUCACGCACCAUGUAAACCUGAGAAAAUCCUUAGACCAAAAAGGCCUGGUGGAGAAGCGGAUGUGUGUUUUAUAAUUUUAUCACAUCUGGCUGAGGCAGCCUCCAAUUUUGCGGAGCUACUGUUAAGAAGCGUAGGGGCUCUCAUGCUCGAAUCAAGUUGAUUGUACUUUGAACUUCCGAGAAUAUGAGAACGAGGGUCUUUCGUCGGUGGAUCAGACAAUGGCUUCCUUAACAACAGCGUAUAAUACCAUCUCUAUUGUAAAUAUACACAUUUGACGCCAAUACGUUCCACGAUUACAGCUUAUGGAAAUGAAGCGGAAGUCUGAGUUCAGCAUAUUUAAUGAUGCCGACUCCUCACCAAGUUAGCGAGAAUUCAAACUGGUGGACCGGAGAUCAACUCACGACCCCCUUCCACGAAUUAUAUAGACAACAUGAAGCCUAUAUAUCGUAUGAUCUUUCCAAAUAUACUUUUUACAACUUAAAAUAACGGUUUAAAUCAAUUAAAAUAUAUCUAUUGGCAUA